AUGGAUUCCGAGUUUGACGAAGUGAUGAAGAUAUUCAGAACAAAUUUACCUUAUGAGGAAGUGUAAGCUCUGGUUACUUCAUACCUCGAGAAAUGGCAGAUAGAUUACAUUAAGAAUGUGGAAGCAGAAGAAUACAAAGUAAUCAAUUGAUCUAUCAUUUGCAGAAAGCCUUUAAAAUAGCCAAGAAGGUGUGUGUAAUAUUGAAACAGAAUCUUAAGUGUCUCUGUUUGAAGAUCCAAAAUCAACUUCCCAACAUUAAGGAUAUCAAAGACAUGAUCAUAACGAUCUUAGAUGAUUAUAGAUAGUUUUCAGAUGCAGAAAUCAGUCAAAUGUUCGAUGUCAAAUUUAAAUUAAAAAAGAAUGAUGAUAUCUUGCCAUUUGAGUUGAAAAGACUACAAGAGUUUUUAGAGUAACGUUACAAUAAAAUAAUAGAGAUCACCUAUUUAUUUUAAUUUCGUUUGUCAACAAUAUUGGUGCCAUCGAGAUCCUCAGGAAGAAGACUCAAAUUGGACUGAACUACAUUUGCAGAGCCCUGUCUAUCCGAUCUUAUCUGAUGACAAAGAAUUUAUUUAUUUAUCAGUAGGUUCAAUUGCAAUUGAAUGUCUGUUUCGCAUUAAAUCAAAGCAAUUAACCUUAGCAAGCUAUUUAAUUGAUUACUGUUCCUAUGCAGAUUUUAGAGGCCUUAAAUUAGGACAGCAAAACCCAUGAUUUUCUUAUUAAGAAUAGAAUCAUAUUUUCAUUAAUUGAAUAUUCAAUUAACAAUAACUAAAAGGCAAUGAUCCCAUAUCCAAAGGAAAUUCCCCCCUUUUAGAUUCAUUAUCAUUUGCUUUUGGGAUAUCAGUUCUUUGCCAAAGUCUUUGAACUUUUAGGAAAGUAUAGUAAUGAUUUAAUACAAUUUUAAUUAGAACUAAAUCUUAGUAGGAAUGUUAACAGUACUAUAACAGGAUGUAUGAUGAAUACAAAAGAAUGAAUCCUAAGGCAUUCGAAUAAUUGAAACAGAAACAAGAAUUGCUAGCAUAACUACAAUAGAAAACAUCGAGAUAGAGCACACAAUAGAAGUAGGAGAAACAAAAAACGGAGACGAUUUAAGUGGAGAAGGAGGAGAUAGAGAGUGAGAGAUUGGGCGAGGAGAAUUCAAUAGUGUUUUUUGAUUCUUGGGAAGAUGAGUCAUUCAAUGUGGCUAUGAAUUUGAGGGAAGAAUAAGAGUAAUUUUAUGAAAUAGGAAUGUAGUUGUUUGGAGAUAAUACUUUACUCAGUGGAUAUAGGAUUCACAAAGAAAUUGUACGUUUCACUAUUAGACUUACGAGGGGAUUAUAAGGACAUAUAGACUUAUCAAAAUCUUUUCAAUCAGAUUCAGGUGAUAGAUUUGGAGAGGGGACAAUUCGAUUUGGUGAAUCAGAAAUGGUAUGAGACAAUAUCUGGGUGUAUGCAUAGAAUAGCUAAUUGA